AUGGGGGCCUCUUUAGCAUGCACCUCUACAUCUGACGCGCACCCCGUGGAGAUUACCUCAAUCGACCUCGCCGUGCUAAAAAUCAAGAAAUCAAUCCAAAGACUCGAAGGUUCCAUCGAUCUCCUCGAGCGCGACAUUCACGCCGACGGCGUCGAGGCGCUGCGCAAACGCGCUCAAAAGGUUCUCGCGAUGAAUAUCUUGCGACGAAGACGCGCGCGGUGCGCUUUACGCGAGAGAUUAAGCGCGCACGUGUUGAGGCUACACGAGGCGUUGGUUCGGUUUGAUUCGGCGCGCGCGGACGCGGAGACGCUGGAGGCGAUGCGUCUCGGGAACGACGCGGUGGAGCGUAUCGUGCGAGAGACGACGGAUGUCGAAAGUGUGAUGCGGGACGUCGAGCGGUUGCGGCAUUGGUUCGAGGCCGCGAACGAGGGGGCGAUUUUGAGCGACGCGGAUGUGGAGGAGGACUUCGCCGAGUUGGUGCGGAGCGAGGCGACGGCGCGCGUCGCAGCUGGCGAAGUGCGCGAUGGGAAAGCGAUGGAUACCGCGGAGAGCGUUUUGGCGUCCAUGCCGAGCGCGCCGAGCGAAAUUCAUCCAACGAGUGGAGCUUCCGUGCCGAGCGGCGAACCCCGACGACGCGUCGCGGUCGCCGAGGACGCCGGAUGA